AUGGGCUCGCGACAUCAUCGGAUGCUCUCCAAGCCUGAAAGAAGCAAACGUGGAGCAGCAAGGACGGGUGGGCAGUGGCGGGAUGAACAUCUGACAAGUCAGAUGCAGAGAGAAAAUCCAGAGAGCUGGAAACCCAACUUCAAUGAAGCAGCAGGAGGGUGUGGAGCAGCUAUGAGAUCCAUGUGCAUUGGACUGAGAUUCUGUCAUCCAGAACAGCUGGAAACCCUGAUUGCAGUCAGCAUAGAGAGCGGACGCAUGACUCACCACCAUCCCACGGGCUACCUUGGAUCCUUGGCUUCUGCCCUCUUCACUGCUUACGCUCUUAAUCACAAGCCACCGCACGAGUGGGGGAAAGGAUUGAUGGAGGUGCUGUCAAAGGCACAAGUCCAUAUCCAGAAGUCUGCUUGCUUUGUGGAAAAGAAUUUGGAGCACUGGAACUACUUUGAAAACCAGUGGAAGAGGUAUCUGAAAACCAGAGGCAUUUCAGAUGGCAAAUCCCUUCCUUCCUUCCCAGCAGUAUAUGAUGUGAAAGAGAGAGAUCAAUUCUAUAAGGAUUUGAGUUUUUCUGGCUGGGGAGGCAGCAGCAGGCAUGAUGCUCCCAUGAUUGCUUAUGAUGCCUUCCUUGGUUCUGAGAACUGGACUGAGCUAGCUCAGAGGGGUUUCUUCCAUGGUGGGGACAGUGACUCAACCGCAGUCAUUGCUGCAUGCUGGUGGGGGGCAAUGCAUGGCUUCAAAGGGGUCAGUGCAAGUAACUAUAAGGAAAUUGAAUACAGAGAACGAUUAGAGAAAGUAGCAAAGGAGCUCUAUCACCUUAGCUUGGCUUUAGAAUAGUGCAGUGGCACUUGGAGAUGGUGAGACCGAAGGGACUUGCAGAGAUCAAGAAUUUGCUAAUAAGCUCUGCUGCUGCUUAAGCUUAUCAAAAACACAAUGCCAUAAGGCAGAGAUUUAAAUAUAGCAGAAUAAAAUGCUAGCUGAGUUAACACUGGGCAAAAUCCAAUGUUGUGCAAGUGGAAUUACGC